CUUUCUCAGUGUCAGCUCAAGUGAGGGAUUUGGCUUUUCUUUAGACUUUCUUCAACAGGUUUUGUCUGCUAGAACAUCUUUCUGUGUCUCUGUCUCUCUUGGCAUCCGACUCCGGAACCCAUUGUCAAAUUCAUUUUGACGGCAAUUCACUCAAGUGUGAAAAUAAUAGCAUAUAAUAAACAGCUGGAAGACAUCUGGAUCUGUGUGACUGCCAGCCAUACAAGCAUCUUCUGCAGCUGCCAACCAAGAUUCAGAAGAAGAGGAAGAAUUGCUUUGCUUAAAGUCACCUCAACAAUAGCUGCAAGGCCUCCACUUUACCAGCAUCGUUCAGAUUUUCAAAGGCUUUCUGCAAUUGCCCUCUUCUGCAUCCUGAAUCAGCUCCUGAACUGCAGAUCCUAAACUUAACUGCAGAUCAACAGUUAAGAGGCCGUCUUUGGGCGAGGUGAACAAUCCGGGCUGAGCCUGUGAUCUGUGAUGGCAGACUGGAGCCUGCUGGGAAACUUCCUGGAGGAAGUGCAGGAGCACUCUACCUCUGUUGGCAAGGUGUGGCUCACCAUCCUGUUUAUCUUCCGUAUCCUGGUCUUGGGCACAGCUGCUGAGUCAUCUUGGGGAGACGAACAGGAAGAUUUCAACUGUGACACUGAACAGCCGGGCUGCGAGAACGUUUGUUACGACCGAGCUUUCCCUAUAGCACACAUACGAUACUGGGUGCUCCAGAUUGUGUUUGUGUCCACUCCCAGUCUGAUCUACAUGGGUCACGCCAUGCACACUGUCCGCAGAGAGGAGAAAAGGAGGAGCAGAGAAGAGGAGGCAGGAGAGGGAGGAGGGAGAGAGGCAGACCCAGGUGGAGGUGAAGGAGGAGGAGGAGAGAAGCCAGGGAGGAGAGGAGAGAGAGAUGAAGAAAAGGACAAAAGAGAAGGUUCAUCAGCAGGUCGAGUCCGUCUGAGGGGGGCUCUGCUCCAGACCUACAUACUGAGUAUACUGAUACGGAGCAUCAUGGAGGUGGUGUUUCUGUGCCUCCAGUACUUCUUAUAUGGAAUCUUCCUCAAUCCCCUUUAUGUCUGCAAGGCCUGGCCGUGCCCACAUCCAGUCAACUGCUAUGUGUCUAGACCGACAGAGAAAAACGUCUUCAUAGUGUUCAUGUUAGCAGUGUCUGCAGUCUCUCUGAUCCUCAGUGUCCUCGAGCUGCAUCACCUGGCAUGGAGACACUGCUGCAGGCGGUUCUUCUUUGCAGGAAAAGAAGUCACUCCUGCUAACCCCUCACUGGCUCGCCAGCUCUCACUAUCCCCUCCACUGCCAUCAACGCCACCCCCAGACUUCAACCAAUGUGUGAUCGGCUCCUCACACUUCCUGGCCCUCCCUUUUCCCCACCACCGUCUGGCAAACCAACAAAACUCGGAGAACAUGGCCACUGAAAAGCACAAAAUGGCAGCAGCUGUGGAAGAAGCCAGCCUGCUUCGGAUGAACUGCUACUCCCCAGGAUGGCAGGAGAGCCAUAACAGUCAGAUCCAAGAUGGCGGAUACCUAAGGACAGAUACUAACUGUUUCAGUCCUGGUAACAGGGAGAUCAGCUGCCCUAGGGUCCAAAAUGAUGAGCAAGACAGGCUGUUGCUUUGCCCAAAUGUAGGGACCUGUCAGAAGGACAAACGCAGGUUCAGCAAAACCAGCGGGACAAGCAGCCGAACAAGAGCAGAUGACCUCUCUGUUUAGGAGAAAUACAGAUUCAAAUGCUCCCAUGUCUGCCAAAAAGACUGAGAUUUUAAACAACACUGGCAAAAACAAGGAGGACAAAGAUUGCACAAAACUCCUUAUUGACAAAAACUGGACACUGAUGUUUUCAGUUUGCACUCUACAUCGUGUUAUGUCAACAGAACAGUAUAUGAAGAUUUAGUGCAUGGAAUCAUGUUUUACAUAAUAAGAAUGUAACUUUUAACCACUUUUGUAUUACUUUUAAUUGUGUUGUUAAUUUUUGCAUGGUGAUCAAAAUUCAGAAAUGUGUUGACUAGAAUUUGAUUAUCAGCUAGAUAACAACAGCUAGACUCCUGUGUUGUUUACAAAGCCAUCUAAAGGCUUACUAUGCAAACUUUCAGAACACAUUUUACACCCGAUGACACGCCACCGCGAACUUAGCCUGUCAUACCAGUGCCAUCUUCCACCACCAUGAUACAAAUGUUGAUUGGUAUCACUGGUCUUGCUUUAUGACACAUUACAUUAAGUACAUUAGGUAUACAUUUUUUGUUUCACCUGGCAACUUUAGUCCACCACAAAUAGUUAUCAAAGAAAUGUGUGUCUGUUUGGCAUCUCUUUGGUGACAGUUUAGUAAAUUCAUGAACAUAUCUUUGCUGAUGAUAUUAGAAGACACGUAGCAAAGCUCAAGGCGAGCCCAGACAAUUCCAAUUUGAUUUAUAAAACCAUCUGCCUUGAAGAAAUGGCCUGUUGUUAUCAACAUAGCAUGAGCUUCUACACAGGCAAAUUUGUGAGUGUCACAGGUGUUAGGUUGAACUUAUGAUAAAUGUCACUAGAUUGAAAGCACACAUCACUUGACUCCUGGCUUGUCAUUGAUCUACCUGCCACUGCUCCCCAGGUAGCAUGCCAAAGGUCAUUUUUCAAUCUCAGCAUUGCUGCUCAGAUUUUUUUAGGAAUAAUGGAAUCAGUUAUGAUCUGUGCAAGCUGGCUGUUUGUUUCAGUAACUUCACAUCUUUUGCCAGUGCUGACCUACUGUGACUGUGUGACAGUACUUGAAUCUAGGAAAUUAAAUAUUGAGCCUGUCAAAGUCACAACACUGAUGAACAGCCAAAGUUUGGCCUGUGGACUGAGCCUGAACUCACUCAUCAAUGGCUGAAAGGGACUUCUUUAUUUUCAUGUACAUCCAUAGCAACAAGAACUGCUGUCAUUUUAAGUCUUUUAAGUCAUUUUAUCCUUUUAUUUAGAGGGCUGAACAUGCUUGUAGUUGUGUGAGUAUUAAGUAUCACAUCUUCACACUACCUUGUUUUUUGAUUUUCCUCAUUUUUGUUACAUUUUGUUUUCAUUCGUAAUGUGUUUUUGUUAUCCUUAUAAGUUUGGAUGACUAUUUGUGAGCUUCACUGUAUUUGGAUUUAUUUCACUUUCACAUUGUGUGUACUGCAGUUUCUAUAAACUUAACCGAAAGUUAAGUUCUGUAAAAUGGUUACAGUACAAUGAUGUAUUUUGCAAUUUAUUAUAAGAUUUCUUCUCUCAA